AUGACAAAGGGUAAAGGACGUACUCCCGGUUUCGGCAACUUAGAUAAGCACAUUAAGCGCACAACCCAUAAAGAACGUUCGCAGCCUGCCUCACGUAAACACUUGGGACCACUUGAGAAACAUAAGGAUCAUGUUAUCCGAUCAAAGAAGCGAAAGGUAAAGGUGCAGCGGCUGUUGGAACUUAAGCGGGCAGCGGCCCAGCGAAAUCCGGAUGAAUUUCAUAUUGGAAUGACGAAAGCUGUACUGGAUAUUGCCUCUGGAAAAAUGAAACGACGACCAUCCACAAAGGAAGAUAAUCAACGAAAUAUGCAAAAGACACUUCAACAUAAUACUCGAAAUGUACAAUAUCUUCAAUACAAAGCACAGGGGGAUUUAAGUAGAGCGAAAGAACUAUUAAAUGAGGAUGCAUCUGCAGCUAUUACUUCCGCACCUCCCCAAAAUAAACAUAUUGUAUUUGUUGAAAAUGAUGAUGAAUUUCGUCGAUUUAAUCCUAUAAAAUAUUUUGAUGCUACUCCAGAAAUGUUAAAACAACAUCCUGCUAUUCGUGGUACCCUCUCCGUACUGCGCGAUACCGUUCUUCCUGAGGAAGUUUUGCUUGCAGGUCCACGCAUGUUAUCAUCAUCACAACGACGACGUGAGAGACGUGAAAUGCAGGAGAAACUACGAAAAAGUAAUGUGAAGGAUGCGACGGAGCGUGCAGCCCUUGUGGAGAAACUCCGUGCAAAGAAGGAAAUGAAAAAAUAUCGUUUCUCUUCUCUUUUGGAAGAUGUAGCCACUGGAUCUGGUAGUGCUAGUACUACUACUAAUAAUAAUAAUAAUGAUAAUGAAGAUGAGGAAGAUGAACCACGUGAUGAUGUGGAACAUCUUCUGCAGCUGCGGAGAGAGAAGGAACAGCAGGAAACAAUAAUGGCGGCAAGACGUAUGAAGGAGAUUCAACAACGUGUAGAGCGCAGUAAGAGUCUUAACGCCUUAGCGAAAACGAUUAAGCGGCAGAAUGACGGUAUUCAACAGAAUUUGCAACAGCGAAGGAACUCACGGUUUAAACCUAAUGCUCCCCGUCGGGCUCGAUAA